AUGAGCAGCAGAAGUUACUUCUUGCUGCAAAAAGACUUGAGAGACUUGGAAGAGAACGAGUAUAAGGGUAUUACUGCCUUUCCUGUAAGUGAAGACAAGUUGAAAUGGGAAGCUAGUAUUGAAGGUCUGAAGGAUACAAUUUGGCAUGGACUAUACUUCCCGCUGACAAUAAAUUUUACAGCAGAAUAUAAUCUCGUCCCUCCAGUUGUGAAAUUUAAAAUCAUUCCUUUUCAUCCAAAUGUAGACCAACAUACUGGUCGACCCUGUAUAGAUUUUUUGGACAACCCUCGUAAGUGGAAAACAAGCUAUACAUUGAGCAGCAUCUUACUCACCCUCCAGGUUAUGCUUUCUAAUCCAGUGCUAGAAAAUCCAGUGAAUCUGCAAGCAGCCCAAACACUGAUUGAAAGUGAAACCGUAUACAAACGAAUAGUUCAGAAACUUUUCCGUAAUAAAUUAACAUUGAAUAAAGACAGCAGCUCUGAUUUAUUCAAAGACUCAGAUAAAUUAAUCAGAGCAAUCAGAGUCUCAUUUGACGAUUACCACAAGACCUGGUCUGACCUAGCUACGUCCAAGGCUGCGGAGAGUUUCAGAACCCCACUGCUCGAGAAUCCAGGUUUCAUUGGGCAGUAUCAUAAGUGGAAGAAAAUGGAGCAAAAACAUCAGAAAGAAUGGAAUUUAAAGUAA